GAGGUUCCUGAAGGAGAAGUUGGUUUCUUGGGAAGCCUUUCCAAAGCACUCAGGGUGUUUCCACCAGGACCAUCGGGAGCCACAGAGGGGCCGACAUCGUCCUGCAGGUAUUUUGGGGCCGUGCCCUCCCUUUUUGGGGAGCCCGUGCUCGGCAGAAUCGCGGUGACGUGGGGCUGCCCAAUGACGUCAUCCCCACGGACUCCAACUCCCAGUAGCCACCGCGCUGCUUCCUUCCGCUUACGUCAUCAGUGCGCGCCGCGCGCGGGCCGUGCCGCCGCCAUGGUGCAGCUCGGGAGCCGCCUCCUGAGGGGCCGCGGCGGCCACGUCGUGAUCCGCUUCGCGCUGGGGGGCUGCACCAACCGCCCGUUCUUCCGCAUCGUGGCGGCCAACAGCCGGCGCGCCCGCGACGGGAAGUACCUGGAGCAGCUCGGCUGCCUGGACCCGCUGCCCAACGCGCACGGCGAGAAGGUGGCGGGGCUCAACCUGGAGCGGCUGCGCUACUGGCUGGGCUGCGGCGCGCAGCUCUCCCGGCCCGCCGAGAAGCUCCUGGGGCUGGCGGGGUUCCUGCCGCUGCACCCCAUGACGGUGACCGGCGCCGAGAGGCUGCGCCGGCGGCGACAGCGCGAGCAGCAAACAGAGGCUGCGCCUGCGGAGGGCUCGGCCGAGACCCGAACCGACACCGGAACCGGCACCGGAACCGGCACCGGAACCGCGCCCUGACACGGCCCGGCCGGGAGGGGCCCGAGCGGCCCCGGACCUGGGACCUCUCCGGCCCGGGACUGCUCUCAGCCGGUGCUGCACUGGCCCGGGACUGCUCCGCUCCCAGACUCCACCGGGCCGGGGUUGUUCUCAGCCGGGGCUGCUCCGGCCCGCCCGGGCCCGAGGUCUCUCCCGCCCCGCCGGUCCCUCUGACCCCAUUAAAGCGUUACCUCUGCACCGUC